AUGAUGGUAGCGAAUGCACGCGCAAUCGUCUGCAUGCGACAAAUUCGAUUACGACCGUACUCGAGCACCCUAACACGAUCGAACUCCCCAACCGCGGAUGCUGCAAUUGCUGGACUAGGACUACUUUCACGCUUCCAGGAAUACCAGAUUAUCGGGCGCCAUCUGCCUUCAGAGGCCAACCCCGCGCCUAAGAUCUACCGCAUGCGCAUCUUUGCGCCCAACGAGGUUGUCGCCAAGUCACGGUUCUGGUACUUCCUUGGCAAGCUCCGCAAGAUCAAGAAGGCCAACGGUGAGAUCGUCUCCGUAAACCAGAUCCACGAGAAGAAGCCCCAGAAGGUUAAGAACUUCGGUAUCUGGCUCAAGUACGACUCGCGCUCCGGUACCCACAACAUGUACAAGGAGUACCGUGAGAUGUCCCGCGUUGCCGCCGUCGAUGCUCUCUACCAGGACAUGGCCGCCCGUCACCGAUCGCGCUUCAGGUCCGUUCAGAUUCUCAAGGUCGUUGAGGUCGAGAAGUCCGACGACAUCCGCCGACCAUACAUCAAGCAGCUCCUCACCAAGAACCUCAAGUUCCCGCUGCCCCACCGCAUCAACAAGAAGGCUGGCAAGAAGGUCUUCUCUUCUACCCGACCAUCCACUUUCUUCUAA